GAAACUGAAACCGUCGAACGAAUCUUAAAUGAAGCGAAGAAGGAACACCAAAUAGUAGUCUUAACUCUUUCUCUCUCUCUCUCUCUCUUACUGGUUGGGCUCUCUGUCCAAAGACUCCACCUUUCUCUGCAAAAAUCUCUGCCCUCCUACUCUAACAUGUCUCCCCUUCUCCUCUGUCCCUUAUCUCUCUCUAUUCACUCAAACAACAACGACCCUUUUUCUAUUUUUACCUCUCACCAUAAUAACUUCCCUUAUUUACCACUUUACCAACUACUUCUUCUUCUUCUUCUUCUUCUUCUUUCGACAAGGGAUUUUAGGGUUUAGGAUUCUCCGCAUUGUACGCCACUCUGUUCAAUACACCUUGGUAAGUGAUGAUGAGUGUUGAAUCUUGAAGUUUUAGGAGAUAGAGAGAAAGGUUUAGGAUUGUUUUGAUCUGUUUUGGAAAAUGGGGGAGACUAGGAGGCACUCUGUUGAUGUUCCCAUCACAAGAACACUUGUUGCUCUUAGAAGGGUUCGGUCACUGAGAGAUCCAUGUACUACUUCAAUGAGCAAGUUUGCUUCUUUGCUUGACAAUGUCAAAUGGGAAACUGGUUCCAACAAUGGGAUCUCACUUCAGUUUGUGGAACAUGCUGAUGAUGCUUGUAAGGCUGCUGCUGAUGCUCCUGUGGGUUUGAUUCCUUUUGGUUCAUACUCUAUAAUGGAGGAGCUUGAGAGUGGUUGUGAUCUUCACAAGUUGAGUAGCAAGGUGAUAAAUGUUGAAGGAGACGCCUGCUCUAGGAGUAGUGAAAGAUCUUGCAGUGAUUUAUCGGUUAAAGGUAGGGACUUAGCAUGUAAUGCGCCUUCAAUCAGUCAUGUUGAGGAGGCUGGUUCAGGGGGAAGAUAUAGAACUCAUUAUUCCACUAAGUUAGCUAGCUCGGUUGGUGAAUAUGGAAGCCGUUUAGGUAGUCCGAUGAACUCAACAAAUCAUAGUUAUUAUGGAGAUGAAGAUGUUGAUUUUGAUAGUCAAUCUAACCGUGGUUGCGGGAUAACGUAUUGCUGGUCAAGAACGCCGAGGUACAGAGGAUCAAACCAAUCCUCAGAUGUAGAAGAGUAUCCUUUACUACCUGGAAAUGGAAAUGGUGAGAGUGAUGUGGUGACACCGAGUCAUGAAGUGUUGUCGAGGAGUUUGAGUCAGAAAUUCAGGCCAAAAUCUUUUGAUGAGCUAGUUGGACAAGAAGUUGUGGUGAAAUGUCUCUUGAGCACCAUAUUAAGAGGAAGGAUUACUUCUGUAUACCUUUUUCAUGGUCCUCGUGGGACUGGUAAAACAUCAACGUCUAAGAUAUUUGCUGCUGCUUUAAACUGCCUUUCACAGGCUGCACAUAGUAGACCAUGUGGCUUGUGUAGUGAAUGCAAAUCAUACUUCUCAGGAAGAGGCAGGGACGUAAUGGAAACCGAUUCGGGUAAACUAAACCGACCUAGCUACCUAAGAUCUCUCAUCAAGAGUGCAUCUCUUCCUCCUGUUUCAUCAAGAUUUAAGGUUUUUAUAAUCGAUGAGUGUCAGUUAUUAUGUCAAGAAACUUGGGGUACUCUUUUGAACAGUUUGGACAAUUUCUCUCAGCAUUCGGUUUUUAUACUGGUUACAUCAGAGCUAGAGAAGUUACCGCGUAACGUUCUCUCACGGUCUCAGAAAUAUCAUUUCUCUAAAGUAUGUGAUGCGGAUAUAUCAACUAAGCUGGCUAAGAUUUGUAUUGAAGAAGGCAUUGAUUUUGAUCAAGGGGCAGUUGAUUUCAUUGCUUCUAAAUCUGAUGGUUCACUUCGGGAUGCUGAGAUAAUGCUUGAUCAGUUAAGUUUGCUCGGUAAAAGAAUAACAACAUCUUUGGCCUACAAGCUUAUUGGGGUUGUUUCUGAUGAUGAAUUGCUUGAUCUGCUUGAUCUUGCCAUGUCUUCUGAUACUUCAAACACGGUUAUAAGGGCGAGGGAACUUAUGAGAUCCAAAAUAGAUCCAAUGCAGCUUAUUUCACAGCUAGCUAAUGUCAUUAUGGACAUCAUUGCUGGAAACUCUCAAGAAAGUAGUUCAGCAACCAGACUUCGGUUUCUUACAAGGCAUACAUCUGAAGAAGAAAUGCAGAAAUUGAGAAAUGCAUUGAAGAUACUAUCUGAUGCUGAGAAACACUUGAGAGCAUCGAAAAACCAGACAACUUGGCUCACUGUGGCACUUUUGCAACUUAGUAACACCGACUCAUCAUCUUUUGCAACAGAUGAAAAUGGAAGAAACCAAAUAAACAAAGACGUUGAGCUCUCCAGCACAUCAUCAGGUUGUCCUGGUGAUGUUAUUAAAUCAGAUGCCGAGAAGGGUCAAGAGAGAAACUGUAAUGAAACAGUUGAAUCUGUGUGGAAAACGGUUACAGAUUUGUGUUGUUCUGAUUCACUAAAGAGAUUUCUGUGGAAACGAGGAAGGUUGACUUCACUUACUGUUGACAAAGGUGUGGCAAUAGCUGAGUUAGAAUUCUACACACCUCAACAUGUAGCAAGAGCCGAGAAAUCAUGGAAAUUGAUUGCAGACUCGUUCCAAUCUGUGUUAGGAUGCAACGUUGAGAUCCAAAUGAAUCUUGUUAUCUCUGCGUGUUCUCCACCAAAGAGUGCUAAAGCAGCAGCAAGUCUUUUCUUUGGACUUUUCAGUUGUUCUCGUAGAAUGCUUCACAAGUCGUAUUUGACUACAAGAACCGACUCUGACUGCGCAUCUGAAAAGCCUGCAGUUACAAAUUCUCUGAGAAGUUGCCAAGGAAAUGUCUUGAGGGCUCGAAGUGUUCGUUCUUCAGCCAAUGCAUCAUCGCGUAUGAGCUGUUCCAGUGAUCAAGGCGAUGCAACUUCUGCUAUGUGUACUCCACACAUUCCUCCGGGUGAAAAAAGGUAAAACAUGGUUCAUAUUUAUUCAUUUCAAAAGUAAGUUGUUUUGUGAUUUGGCUAGCUACUCAAGUAUACUCUGCCUCUGACUUUGUGCAGGCCAGAAGAUGACACUGAUGUGUUGUGUUGGAAGAAGACUCCCCUAGGCAAGGUAAACAUCUCGACUAUGCCUAAGAAUUCGGUUUCAGAUCUCUGUCUGUACCUUUUUGGUGUUUCUAAUUUGUGAUGAUGAUACAUGUCUUAUAGGGUCAGAGCGAGACACAGAACAGCAAGAGCUCACGGCUUAUCGGCCGAGUCCUUCCCUGCAGCACUGCAGCUAAUUAAGGGAGCUCGAUGAGGGUAAUACCCAUUUUGUGGAAGUGGAACCAAUAGGUUUUAGCAAACCCAUUGUUUAGGACAAUGUGACACAAAAAUGUAUAGUUGCAAAAUGUGUUUCAAGACCAUAUUUUAGAUUAGCAUAUACUAAUCACUCCUUUAACAGACCUGAAUUUUACUGUCUUUGGACCCUUUUAUUGACUGAGCUCAUUAUGUUUUCACAAAUUAUCUCAUUCAUUAAAACGAAUCAGAAUAAAGUGAAUACAUUAGUCUUCAACUUUUUUGUUACAAAAAGUGGAUAAUGUUUAAUUUUUUCAAUAAACUGAUUUGAAAUUAGAAACAUAAUUUGGAU